AUGGCCGGCCUCACUCCUGAACAACUAGCUACCUUUCAGGAGAAUGGAUUCCUCGUCAUCCCAGACUAUCUCAGCCAGUCUGAGAUCGAGUCUGCACUCAAGGAAACCGACACACUGCUUAAUGAUUUUGACCUCGACACGCACCCUCUGACCCAAUUCACCACCGGUGAUGGCGAUGACACCGCCGACCAUGUCGGUGAUGACUACUUCUUGAACUCCGGCGACAAGAUCCGCUUCUUCUUCGAGCCGGAAGCGUUCACCACCGAACCCGAUCCCUUGACCGGCCGCGCGGCCCUGAUCAAGCCCAAGCAUGUCGCCGUGAACAAGAUCGGCCACUCUCUGCACACCCUUUCUCCGCCUUUCAAAGCUAUUUCUCUGACUGAGCGCAAUGCGUCCGUCGCACGCUCCCUGGGCUUCUCAGACCCCCGCGUCCUGCAGAGCAUGGUCAUCUGCAAACAACCCUCCAUCGGCGGCGCCGUCCCCUCGCACCGUGAUUCUGAAUUCCUUUACACCGAUCCCCCAUCCGCUGUAGGCUGGUGGUAUGCCCUUCAGGAUGCAACACCCGGCAACGCGACCCUAGGAUUCUGGAAGGGAUCUCACAAAGGCCGCAAAGGCGGGCACAUCACCCGGCGAUUCGUGAGAAAGGCUGAUGAUAAGGGGACGGAGUUUAUUGAGAAUCAGGGACCUGCGUUACCGAGGGGGGUGGAGGAGGAGAAGAUUUCUGGGCCUGCGGAUGAGGAUUUGGAGAUUUUGAAUGUUAAAGCCGGUUCGUUGGUGCUGAUUCAUGGGAAUGUGUUGCAUAAGAGUGAGAAGAACACAAGUCCGCGCAGUCGGUUUGCGUAUACAUUCCAUGUUAUUGAGGGGGCUGAGGGGUGGGAUUAUGAUAAUCGGAACUGGUUGCAGCCGCCGGAGGGAGGGUUUUCGAAGUUGAGCCAAUGA